AUGGAAUUCAAAGCUAUAAGAGAUUUGUUUGACCACGAUGACGAUGGAAAUAAGAGACGACUCUUCUCUACAGAAUUUAAACUUUUUGGGCUGUUCGACAAUUCACCUCAAGGAUACAUAAAUAAAAAGUUUGUCUGGUCCACUGCCGGGUUUUUUGGACUGACAGGUUGGUGCAAAGCUGCACCUGAGCUUGACUGUGUGUUUGGCUUCCUAGAAGGACCCAAGAGUUAUAUGGACACUGUGAAGUACCUGCUACAUCCAGAUAACAUACAAGUGGUGUUUGUGGGAAAAUCUAUUUUUCAAUGGCCUUACAAGGAAAUCGAAAAACGAGAAUUUAUUGCGUUUUCUUUUCACGACUUUGUGGUUACUCCUGAAACGAAAUCCUUUUUCACCCCUAGAGAGCCUAAAGAAAUGUUUGCUCAAGCUAUGGUAACUGAUCCUGAAGCACGUGAAUAUAUCCGCAAAAUAAACGCAUCUUGCUACCAAGAGGAGCCACUUGAAACGGGAAAUCUUGAAACAUCAAUAUAAAUACUUAUUUUGGAAUCAAGAGAAAUAUUAUUCAAUGAUUUCUAGAUAGGGUCUU